CCUUCAGAUAUGCUCACACACACUCCUCUCGUAAAAACUCGUCUCCUUCUAUCUGUAAACAUGGUUCACCAAAUAAAGCUCGUGGAUGAGGUCUCUGGUUGGCUUAGGCGCUAUGAUGAUGGCUCAGUGGACAGGACAUGGACUGGACCUCCUCAAGUCAAGUUCAUGGCCGAUCCCGUCCCUGCACAUCAGGACUUUAUUGAUGGAAUUGCCACCCGUGACGUGACCAUCCAUGAAAAUUCUGGUCUCCGUGUUAGAAUUUAUCUCCCUGAGCCAAACCCAGAAGACUUUCAUAAGUUGCCUGUAAUCCUCCAUUUUCAUGGAGGUGGUUUUUGCAUUAGCCAAGCUGAUUGGUUUAUGUACUACCAUAUAUAUACUAGGUUCGCUAAGUCACUUCACGCUAUCUGCGUCUCUGUCUACCUCCGGCCAGCCCCUGAGCACCGUCUCCCAGCUGCCUGUGAUGAUGGGUUCUCUGCUCUUCUUUGGCUACGUUCAUUGGCUCAAGGGCGGUCAUCGGAGCCAUGGUUGAAUGAUUAUGCAGAUUUCAACCGUGUUUUUCUCAUUGGAGAUAGCUCCGGAGGCAACAUAGUGCAUGAAGUGGCUGCACGUGCUGGACAAGUUGAUUUAAGCCCACUUAGACUCGCCGGUGGCAUCCCUGUCCACCCGGGAUUUGUGAGGUCUACAAGGAGCAAAUCGGAAAUGGAGCAACCAGAAUCACCUUUCUUAACCCUGGACAUGGUGGACAAAUUCUUGGGGUUGGCGUUGCCAAUUGGAUGCAACAAGGAUCACCCAAUUACGUGCCCAAUGGGGGCAGCAGCGCCGUCACUAGACAGCUUAAAUCUGCCGCCUGUGCUGCUGUGUGUGGCAGAGAUGGACUUGAUAAAAGACACAGAGAUGGAGUACUAUGAAGCCAUGAAAAAGGCAAACAAGGAUGUGGAGUUGCUGAUCAGCCGUGGAAUGGGUCACAGUUUUUACCUGAACAAGCUUGCCUUGGACAUGGAUUAUCAUACAGCGGAGCAGACCACUGCCCUUAUUGAAGGGAUCAAAGACUUCAUUCAUAAGCACUAAUUAAUUAGACUACUCUUCCACCGUAUAAUAAACGUAUGUGUUAUAUGUGGAAUUUGUUUUUGAAAAUGAAAAAUAAAAUCUUUUAGAUUAUAUAAAUAAAUUACAUUAAUAAAUGGGUAAAUGAGUAAGUUGGCUUCC